AUGAACGCCUACAAAACACUUCCAGUAUCCAAAAUAUAUUCUUCAGAUUACACUGAUUCAUUUGAAGCAACGAAAUUCGUUGAAAUUGAAAAUUCCUAUCCAGUGAUCAGUAGUACAGCUAAAUGUCAAUGUACACCUCAUGAAACAAAUCUUCUCGACUAUUUUCGAUUUUUAUUUACUCAACUUCAGUGUUAUAAUUCCAAUUUUAAUUUCUCAAAUUUAAGUCAACUGUAUAGCUUUAAUUAUGAUCAGAAUGUACAAAAUUCAUUUACAAUAGUUGAUAAAGAUGAAGAACCAUUGGAUUUGUCCUUGAAGACAAUUUUAAGUAUAAGCAGCCAACAACCCAAAGGAUAUCUAUACCAAUCUCAUAAGGGGUCGAAUGAUAACUCACCUCUUUACUGCCAAUGUUCCAAUUUUUCAUCUUCGACAAUUCAUCCAGAGACAGAAAACAGUCAGUAUUCAGAAGAAUCAUUGAGAAUGCCGUUUUCACCUUCAGACUAUAUCCAUACAUCACUAACAAACGGAACUUUGAACAAUUCUUCAUCCUUUACAAGUAUCACACAGAAGUCUCAUUCUGAGAUAACAGGAUCGUUAGUUUAUUCUUUAAGUUCAACUGCGAAAAACUCAUCAAGAACUAAAGAACUCUGUCUUCCACUUAAACCAACCUCAAAUGAUACUAUGCGUACCAAAACAUCGAAUUUGAGCAAAGAAAUAAGACGUCCAUACACAGAAGCUGAGUUAUCAGCAGCUGUUAAUGCUAUCUGUUUCGGACGGUUGGGAACUCGUAGAGCAGCUAGUGUUUAUGGCAUACCAAGAUCUACACUAAGAAAUAAAAUCUGUAAACUGAAUGAAUUGAAAAAGUUGGAAGAAAAACGACUAGGUGGAAAAUCAAUUAUUUUGUCAGAAUUCCUGUUGAAUUUAAUUCAACAAACUAAACCGUAUGAAUAUUCAAUGACUGAUAGAGAUAGUCUAAAUUCAUCAUUUUCAAAUGCUGAUUCUACACAUUCAGUAAACUUCAUAUCGAAUCUUCAGGGACAGUUUACAAAGUCUCUGCAUACAAAAGACAUAAAGUCUCGAUCACAAAGAAACUCCAGUGGAUACCUAAUGCAUACAGCUAGUCGAGUGGCGUCAAUAUUUCAGGUGACCUGUUUUUCUGUUAUUGUUUUAUACUUAAUUGCAUUUAUUUGUUACAUAAGUCACCUUGGUCAGCAUCUUCUAUCACCGGAAAAGUUACACUUAUUCGUCCGUAAUAAAUGA